AUGUCGAGCCGAUUUUUGCCGUUUCUUUGCCUUUCUUCGUUUUUUCUGAGUGUCGCCGGCCAGUGCCACAGUGGCUGGGUUCUGGUCCAUCGCAACAGUGGCGAGUGGUGUAUACAGGUUUAUUUUUUCAAAAUGAGAUUUGAGUUCUCCAUGAUAAAGAACGAAAUAGGUGAAAUCUUAGACAACAAGAUCACUUUCAACAGCUUCAAAAAGCUUAAAAUUGCAAAAAAUGACUCCAAAACACUUCAAAAAAAAAAACAGAGGCCUCGAAGCGAAUUUUGUUCGGUAUACGGUCAUUUUGGCAGGAAAUGGCUCGAAAUAGGGCCAAGUAAAAAAAAUAGAAAUUUCAUGGAUGUAGAAGUUGUUUUUCAAAGAGAAUUUCUAUCUUCAAGGUCUAAUUAAUAAUUAAAAAAAGGUUGGAAGGUCUUUUUGCUGCAUUUCCGGUGUGUUUAAAUAAGGUAUUUUUUUCACCAAUAUUUCAGAUAAUCCAAGAAAAAACUAUAGUAAGGGUUUUCUGAACAGAAUAAAUAAUCUUUCUUCUCAAAAUAAUUUCCCAAACUCUUCAGAUUUUCUUCGGAGACACUACGGGUUACGGUGCCGUAGAUAGAUGUGCAGGUCAGGGAGCAGUUCUCACCGGAAUCGAGAACACCGAAGAAAUGCAUGUCAUCAUCAGUAAUCCAGUUCUAGAGAUAAAAUUCGAAGCUGUCGAGUUUAUAGACCAAAUGAAGCAAAUAACAAUGAAAAACGCUCUUCCGCCAGAUGCCGGCUUCUGGAUUGGAGCUCAAAGACGGUGUAACUGCUUCGAUAAUAGAAAUCCGAAUGAGUGCACCCGAGAAAAUGUUGGUUUCUCUUUCUUCUAACAAGGAAGGUUGCUUUACUUUGCGGUUGGGAAUUCCUUGAUGAGUGGCCAGAGGGCUCCUCGAGGUUACAGAAGAAGAUCCUGAAAGUAUCAGGCUGCAAAACUUCCUAGUUCUUGGGAAUGAACAUCUCGGAGCUAAAGAAAACCCUUCAAACCAGUCGAAAUGGGCUAUUUUGAGCCUUUAUUUCUAGAAAACUAGGAGUUUUGUCAGGUAGAGAUUUUCAGGAGCUUCAUCUGGUACAUCAAGGAAUACUCUGGCCUAUUUUCAAGAAAUCCCAACCGCAAAGUAAAUGAACCCUUGUAAGUAAAGGACUACUAAAAUGUCUCGUUGGACUGUACCCUUUUUCUUCUUUACCACAGGUAUAUGUAGCAAUAAGAGAGAGGCUCAGAGAAGCUAGCAAAAUUAAGAAGCGUGGUCCAAAAAGCACAAAAUAUCUUUCUUUUUUGUGAUUUCGUUCAAAGUCGAAAUAUUUAUGAACAGACUCAAAAAGAGCCAUAGAUUCACUCAAUAAGAAGUAAAAAUUUUUUUGAACUUCAUUCAUCUGGCCGCAAAACCAACAAACGAGAUAGACUUCUGGAUCCUUUGUUCAUUUGGAGGCCAAAAUUUAUUAUGUGUAACCAUAGUUAUUUUUCUCUAGUGGUUUUCUGUAUAGUAAAAAACCUUUUUCGGAAAAGAUUCCAUUUGGAAAACGUUCUGGUAGCCUCUAAAGAGGUCUCUGAAAACGUCAUUGGUCAUCUCUCAAUCAAAACAAAAAUCAUCAACUUUUACUCAGAUCUACGCGUGGGCGGACGGAUUGACGAAAGGUUACUGGGGAUUCACAAGAUGGGCCUACAAAGAACCCAAAGGAUAUUAUCAGAGAACCAACGUCGAGGAUUGCGUCUAUGUCCGCUACAAUAACCGGAAAAUGGAUGGAGAGCUUGCGGACGCUAAGUCAGUUCUCUCUUAAGAUAUAAGGAAUCUAAGAAACUUUUUAAGGUGUGAGGAAAGAAAUCCAGCGGUUCGAGGCUACGUCUGUGGCCGCGCGCCACUUGCCCUCGAUCAAAUCUGA